CUUGCGUUAAAAGAAUGAAGGAAGAAGGAAAUAGGUCAGUAUUGUUUGGGUUAGUGAUCAGAUCAUCAUGCAAAGCUUAAAAUGUAUUGGGAAUUAUCUAAUGCGGGAAUUAUCACUCAGUAAAGUACACCAUUUCACGAAUUCGUCGAAGGUUUUAUUUUCGUCCUGUUCAAACUGCAGAAACAAAGGUUCCAGUGUUUCCAAAGAAUUUAUGCUCCCAGCAGAGGAUCUAGACUGCCUCAGCGUAGACUUUUCCUUCCAGGAUUACGACUCAGACCGAUAUUCACCAACUAUAAGGAACCAGAACGAAGAAUUCCUACGCGAGAUUUCCGCAAUUAAACCGGAAGUGAUCUUCGUCGACCACAUCCAGGAGAGUCAAUAUUUGAUGCAGACUAAAGGCACGUUAAGAACCUUAGGAUAUACAGGGCAUCUCAGUGGACUUAAAAAAGGAAGGGGACGAGGCAUUUUUGUUAGAAAGGACAUUGCUGAAAGCAUGCAUGAUGCACAUGUGUCUGAUAACAUUGCCAAAAUGUUUAAUCCUAGAUAGCGUUUAUGGAGUGUGAAAUGGACAUUGCAAUAACAUUUCAAUAAAAAUGUGAUAUGCAUUACAUGUACAUAUACUUAUGAAUAUAAUUAUUUGAUAUAAAGAGGAAUAUUUAUAUCAAUUUAGAUUUUUUAAUCUAUGCACGACGAUUUUUUUUGUAAAAACAUUUUAAUGAAAUAUUUCACUUGUUCUUUCAUGGUUUUUAAUUUUUAAAUAAAAUCAUGAAAACAUU